AUUGAAGACCAAUCAAACAUCACUUUUUUUCGUGCUGUCGUUUUAAUUGCACGGCAUAUUAAAUUAAAAAUAUAUUUUUUUUUUUUGCAAAAAAAAAAAAAUAAUUAAAAAUAAAAAGCAGAAUUCAAUAUUUGAUUUAUAAAAUAAAAAAAAAAAAAUUAAACAAUAAAGGAAUAUUUUUUUUUUUCCAAUAAAAAAUGGAUGAAUAUGACAAAGAGCAAGUUAGAGUUCUUAGAAACGCUUUUGCAGCAUUUGAUCAUAAUAGCGAAAAUUCUGUAGAUGUAGCUGAUGUACCAACUAUAUUGGAAAUGUUUGGACAAAAAUUGGAUGAUAAAGCUCAAAAGAAAUUAUUAAGUGAAGCUAAUCCAUCUGGGGCAAAAAAAUUAGAUUUUAAUAUAUUUUGUAAAAUAUUUGCCCGUUUUAUUGAAGUUGAAGAGGAUGCUGAUGCUGUUGCUAGAGAAUUGAAAGAAGCUUUUCGAUUAUAUGAUCGUGAAGGUAAAGGCUAUUUAACAGUUGCUACCCUUCGUGACAUUCUACAUGAAUUGGAUGAUAAAUUAUCAAAUCAAGAUUUGGAUAUGAUGAUCGAUGAAAUUGAUGCUGAUGGUUCUGGUACAGUAGAUUUUGAUGAAUUUAUGCAAGUUAUGACAGGCGAUUAAAAUUUUUAUGAUAAUGUAGCUAUUAUAUAACAACUUUAUAUACUAUGUGACAAUAUAUUUUAUAAUACCAACAAAAAUAUGUGAAUUAAUUUAACAACAAUAUUUAUAAAAUAUGUGAACAAAACAGAAAAAUUAAAAGAAAAGAAAAAAAAAUAAAAUAAAAUUUGUUUUUUUUUUUUGUUUUUUUAUUUUGAAUUUUUA